AUGGUGUCAGAAGAGCAGCAUUAUUUGGAAAAUGAGAAUUAUCAACGGUAUAGUUCACCUCAGCAGACACUCCUGCCUAAAAAACGGUUUGUUCGGUACAAUUCGGUGCUCAGGAGAAGAGGGCCUUUAAAUGACGAUCGGCUACUGGAAAAGAGGGUUUCAAAGCCCAAUAAAGAAAAGUCAGGGAGUCCAGACAGUUUAGAAGCUUUGCAGUGGGCUCAGAAAUUUAUCUCAAGGGGCCGAAGUUUAUUGAAGACUGUCAGCAAUGAGGACAAACAGUUCCAAAGGGAAUUAGAGCAGAAUAAAAUACGCACAAAAGCUCAUGAGAAAUGCAUAAGUGGGCUGUUACAAGACGUUGUAGAAACUGAGGAUAUUGAUGCUGUGGGAAACGGUGAUCGUUUCGCAGAUUCCCAGCACUACGGAACUGACACAUCAUUCAAAAACUACGACGAGACAAUGAAUGCCAGCUUGGCUUUCACGGACCUGGCAACUCCCAAUAACUACACUGGAGAACCUUUCGAAGUGCGUGAUAAUAAUCAAGUGUUUGGGGAGAGUCAUGAGGGAGAAAGUGAAGAAGAUGACGAAGAAGAUGAUGAUGGUGAGGGCGAGGAAGAGGAAGAGAACUACCAAACUUAUCGAUCUGGAAGUCACUCAAACCAAGCUUCUGAUAGUGACGAUGAUGAUGUCAUAGAGAUUCUAAGCACUGAGGAAUCAGCUGAUGAGAGGCCACUUUCUUCCGCGACCCAGCUCCAUGAGGACCGCGAUCAAAGCAGCUCCGAAAUUCAAGAUGAUAGCGCUUCGGAUAGCAAUCAAUCAGAAACCUCUGAAGAAGACGAAAAAGGUCUUUUCCACUCUGAUAGUGGAAGUGAAGUUCAAGAACAUCACGGCCCAAGUCUCCAGCAUGCUGAGAAAGCAGUUUUGGCCGCAAAUGUCUAUUCGGCGACAGGCAAUAUCGCUCCAUUUGACAGCUAUGAUGAGCCAAGAAGCGAGCUGUUGAACCACAUUGAUCCUGGACUAAAGUGCGAGGAAUCGAGUUUCAACUCUGGCGAAGAUCAUGACGAAGCAGGUGUCGUCUUGGAUGUGGAAGACUAUGUGGAAGAAGAAUCUGGCGCAUUCGACAGCUGCAAUCUUCCACAUCUGAAUACACAUGGAAUUGCACCAGCGUUCAACCUUGUCGAAAAAGAGAAUGAAGCCAGUUCUGCAAUAAGUCAGGAAGAGGAAGAAAGCUGGGGAUCACAGGAAAAUCUGGAUUCAGACGCAAGCGAACGCACUGCAGCAGAAUUUGGCGACCGGGAAUCGCAUGACUUUCAAGAAAUGGUUGAGCAAAAUUCUUCUGAAGGCGAAGUAGACCUGGACCCCGAAAACGGUGACAAGGAUGCCUGCGUUCAAGGUAGCAAUGAAUUCAUUGACCGUGACGCCCCAAUUAGCUCUGAAGCUGCAGUUAAUUACGAUUAUACGAAUAUCGCCAGAGAUGCCUUUAAUCAAAGAGACGCAGUUGACACCAUUGCAUCUAACUUUGCGUCGCCAGCGAUUUUGGACUCCGACACGGCAAACGCACAUGUCAGUGAUGAAAGUAAUGAACCGCUUGAAACCCAGGAGUCAGAGACGCAUCGGCUUUCGCAUGCUUCUGACAACGAGGUCCAUAAUCAAGAGUACGAAUACAAUAAUGAAGGAAGUGAUGCUGAAAGUGGCAAUCUGCUAAUUGAAGAAGUUGACGAAGAGAUGGAACGUCAAACAUCUGAAGAGGACCGAGCAGACGAUGAAAACUGUGAUUCUGUAAAAGAUGAUGGCUUUCAAUCAAGCACAAGUGAACCUCCGCAAGACGAGGUAGAAAUACUUGAAUCAGAUUCCGUGAAAGAAAUGAGUCCUAGAAAUUUCGCUGUUGACAAGGAGGUUGGCAUGCAAAGCUCAACCUUUCUUGCGCCGGUGGAAUCCUCAUUCCAUUUCGAGAACAAUGCUGACCAAACUAUUACUACAACUGUUGGUGAUACGACUUAUUUUUCAUGUGGUGAAGAUGCCGGACACCAGUCUAUUUUGCGUGGGAUGCAGCUCGACGAAAACAAAGCUGCUUCGGAUGCUAGUAACGCGAAGUACAAGCUGGUGUAUUCAGAAUCUCUUUAUAGCGAGUCUGAAAAUGAUGACAGUGACGACAAGGUAAAAAGUGACCUUACCGAUUAUGUCUCUGCAUUUGCAAGUGAUCCAUUCUCUGUUACAAAUCUAGAUGCACAGCUUAGGAUAGUAAAAGAGAUGAUUGGGGGAUUGGAAGAAGCUAGUCAGAAGAAAGUUACAAGUGAUAGGGCCGAAUCGACUAGAACCCUUUCCGCGUGUGGAUCUGAGGCUCAUUCAAGUCCGCAUCUAGUGUCAAAUCCCCAUGUAACACCAGAAGACGUGGAUUUGGAUAAAGCUAAAACUGAUAUAAAAGAGAACACGCAUGGUGACUCCGAUGUUCUAAAGGUGGGAGCAGCAACGGUCCAAAGUUUGGGUACAGAGUCUCAAUUUAGCUCUGACGUUGAUGAAAACAUAGAAAGAAGUUUGAACACCCAUCCAAUAUCCCAUAACUCAGAAGAGCAGACAACUCAUGGUGACGUUAAUUUCAGGGGCGUCGAUGCUUUGGAGACACCUGAUGUUCCACCAGCUGCGAAAGAAGCUGUUAAUUCAAAUAAUGAGGGCUUCACGAAGUCUUCAGAGCAGCUCGCAGUUUUUGAGUUGAACGAAAAUGAUCAUCCACUUCAGGACAGGCAGGAAGAUAGUGGGAUCCAGGGAAGCAUCUUGGUUGAAGAAAUAGUAGAUGAACGAGAAAUCUAUGCCACAAUUCAUACAGAACCUGACGUGUCGAUUGCUGGAAGUGAACGGGAACCAUCAGUCUUCGCUCUGUCUAAUGUUCUUGAGACUUCAUCACUUGGAGACGCUGACUUCGAUCCCCUAGAUAAUUUUGAGGACCAGGGUGUCGGGGAGUCUCCGAAAAUGGAUGAUUCUGGAGGUUCCGAGAAUAGUCUGUCAGCAGGAGAUUUGGAGGGUUCUUUUGAUACGGCCAAAUCAGAGCAUAUGCACGUUGUCGAAUCUGAUCUGAGUGCCUUCGAAGAAUUGAGGGAGAAGCCAGACUCAAAUGAGAAUGACUCGAAAACCUUAUCAGAGAGCGUUCCACUUGAUAGCGGAGAAAUUGAGCCAUCUGGUAGAGGCGAGCAAUUUGGCGUUGAGAAUGAGAACGACGAGCGUGAUACCGAGUGCACUCCAGUUUUCGGAACUCUAGAACCGCAAGAUAGUGACAGCCGUUCGACAGUCUCCACUUCAUUUUAUGAGGUUACAACAGGAGGUGAUGUUGGCUCGCUCAAGAGAACUCACGAUAAUGAAGUCGAGGAGAAUCCGCUGAAAAAGCGUAACUUUUUGAAAAGCACACUGGAAUCCACCUCGGAUCGAAUCUCCAGAGCGAAGGCCAUUAUCACAGAUGUGCCAGGCAAGGUCAAACUGCUGAAAUUUAUUCCCCAACAAAGCUCUAAGCUUGUCAGGAAUGCCGUUGUCAUCGGUACUGUUCUAGCUCACAGGCCUAUCACUUUUACUAACAGCUUGAAAGCGGCGGUAGGGGAUGUGACUGAGAGGGCUGAGCGUCGUAUUACAACGAGCCUAAGAAACGAACUGAGAGCUCUGAAAGCCAAGACUUACAACGAGAGACUUUUGCAAAGUCUGGAGCACCUCGACUCUGCGUCAGACGAAAGCGAGAGUGAGGAUGAGACGUCAGCAGAGGAAGAAGAAGAGCUCCUCACGCCGAACUUUUCUGAUCAAACAGAUACAAGCAUUGCUACGGGUGAAUUCACGGACAGCACGUUUCGCGGUUUUGAUGAUUCAUUUGAGGGCUCUGCCGACGAAAGCAAUAUGCCUCAUGUUUAUCAAGAGACAACAUUACGAGUCAACCAGCCCGAAAUUACAGAUCGAAACAUAAUCAGUCUUAAAGAGGAAAACGCUUCCACCGGGUCCACAGGGAUAAAACAAGAUGAAGAUGCUUUUUCUUCACAACAUGAAAACGCAGUGUCUGGAUUUGAUAAUAGUUCCGCAGGCUUCGACGAUUUUUCAAUAAAUCCAUCCACCCUCGAAAUUGACAACAGCAUCAGUCUGAUAAAUACACCUGGAGAAUCUUACUAUUCUUCUACUGAAAGCAGUGACGAUGACAGCGAUUUCAGCACCUCGACAGGGCUACCUCGCAAUGCUCUUUCACGACGUAAAGUCCGCAAGCGUGUCAGCAAAAGAGGUCGUAAAACCCGGGUUUGA